AAACGCUGCCUCCUCGCUCCCGCGCCCGCGCUCUACAACCCUCGACGGCCCCCAAAAGCGAAACCCGAGGCCGCCACCACCCCCCAGUCCACCACCCGGCAGCAGAGGGCGCAGCCGGCAGAGAGGCAGCGGCAGCUGCAGAGACACACGCGCGCGCGAGCGGCAGCCAUCAUGGCGCCACCCUUUUCCUCCUCCAGGGCCCUCGCCACCGCCCUGUGCUUCCUGCUCCACUUGUCCCUGCAGGCCGCCGCCGUUGCUGCGGCCAUGGACCCCGCGGAGCGGGAGGCGCUGCUCCGCGUCAUGGAGGCCGUCUCGUCCGACCGCGACUGGCGGGAGGCCGCCGCCGCCGACCCCUGCAGCUCGCCGUGGCCGGGACUCGAGUGCAAGCCUGCGCCCGGCGGCGGCAGCGGUGCCGCGGCGCUGAUGCACGUCGCCCGGCUCGACUUCGGGGUGCCGCCCAACCCGACGUGCAAGGACACGGCCACGUUCCCGCUCGGCGCGUUCACGCUGCCGGAGCUCCGGGCGCUGUUCCUCGUCAACUGCUUCAAGAACCCGGACGCCAUCACCGCCUUCACCCUGCCGCCGCCGGUCAACCUCUCGGCGUCCCGCCUGCAGCAGCUCAGCGUCCGCUCCAACCCGUCGCUGUCCGGCACGCUGCCGCCGCAGCUGGCCAGCAUCAGGUCGCUCCAGGUGCUCACCGUGUCCCAGAAUGCGCUCAUCCGCGGCGAGGUUCCCCAGGGCCUCGGCGAGCUCAAGAACCUGGUGCACCUCGACCUCAGCUACAACUCGCUCACCGGACCUAUCCCGAGUCGGCUCGGCGAGCUGCGAGGUCUGGUCGGCCUCGAUCUCAGCUACAACUCCUUCUCUGGGCCCAUCCCGAGCCGGCUCGGCGAGCUCACCCAGCUGCAGAAGCUGGACCUGAGCUCGAACAACCUCACCGGCGGCGUCCCGGGCACCGUCACCCGCCUGAAAGCGCUCACCUUCCUGGCGUUAAGCAACAACGGUCUGCGCGGCCGCCUCCCCGCCGGCCUCUCCGACCUCCGCGACCUGCAGUACCUGAUCAUGGAGAACAACCCAAUCGGCGUCCCGUUGCCGUCCGAGGUCGGCAACAUCGCGCGGCUCCAGGAGCUCCGGCUGGCCAACUCCGGGCUCUCGGGCUCGAUACCGGAGACCUUCGGGCUCCUGUCCAGCCUGACGACGCUGUCGCUGGAGAACAACAACCUGACCGGGCGGAUCCCGGCGGGGCUGAGCCGGCUGAAGCGGAUGUACCACCUGAACCUAAGCAAGAACGGGCUGGACGGCGUCGUGCCGUUCGACGGCGCGUUCCUGCGGCAGCUCGGGCGGAACCUCGACCUGAGCGGCAACCCGGGUCUGUGCGUCGCCGACCGGACCGUCGUGCCGGACGUGGGCGUCGGCGUCUGCAACGCCGACGCCGUCGCCUGCAAGACCUCCGCCGCCGCGGGGAGCUCGGUCGGGAGAGUGGUCAGGGGAGAGGGGACGAGGGGUCGCUGGCCUGCUGCGCAGCUGCUCAGGCCCGCCGCUGUAGCGCUCUGCUGCUGCCUUUUGCUCUGAACUCUUCUGAUCCUCAGGCGUGCGCGCGUGCAUGCAAUUGGUUCGCAUGAACUUGCAUUUGUUGAUCUCUUGUUCUCUCUCUGUACGUAAUUGCGUUGCUGUAACCUGCGAUGUUGAUUUGUGCGAGGAGUGUAGCCGUGACUCGUGACAAGAAUUCCAUGGGAAGACUCAA